AUGGAUAUCAGCGAAAUGUCAGCUGCAAAUCAAACACGCUGGUUGAAUGAAGGGUUUAUGUUUCCGACGUCGCUCAGGAUGAGCGACCUCCGCUCGUUUAUCUCGGAUACGGACCGCAUGGGCUCCUUUUGCUUCAUGUGCUUCAUGUGCUUCAUUUUGAUGCUUCUCAUGUACAUGGUUCUCGCUUCCAUGUAUGACUGCGGCUAUGCAUUGAGGAGGCGGUUGGAGAAGGAGAACGCCGCAGCCGUUGCUUGCCAGACGCCAAUAUGGCUUUCAAUCUACGACUAUCAUACAAAAUUAACCCCAUCCCAGCAGAAUGCAUACUUAGAGUAUUCCCAGCGUAUGUUCGAGCAAGAGCGCCACCGCCUGGAAUCCGAAAAGGAGCUCUCCCGCACAAAAGAGGAAGCCCGCGAAAAGGCGCAUCAGGAACUGGAUUGGCUAAAACGCAUCACCACAUGGACAUGCACAAAGGCCCGGUAUGUCAAAUGGUCGCGCAGGCUACAGCGAUCAAUAAGCUCUGCAGAUAUGGUCUAA